AUGGGCUCGCCCACCCUGCAGCCGGCGGGGCCACGUCGCGGGAAGCCCGGGCCGGCUCGCAGCGCGUUCUCACGCCCCGGCGCUGCGAGCCCCGCCGCCGGCGCUGCGCGACCCGGCGCCCACCCCUUCGGUCCUCUUCCCUCUGGCCCCGCAGCUCCCUCGGGCCCUGAGCCGGGCCCCAGCGCGCCGUCUCCUCCGCUCCCUCGCUCCUCCCCAGCGUGGGAACCGCGCCCCGGCCCCCGGGGGGCUGAGCAGCUGGAAGCGCACGGAGGUCUCCCCAGGGAGGAGAAGGGGGACGAGCCCAGCCCCGGAGCCCGUGCAGACCGACUGCCCCUCUGCGGAGCCCCGACCCGCGUGGGCGCGCAGGGACCACUUACUCGCUGGCUUUCCAGACCUCGCGGCUGCGUUUCGGGAUCUCCGGCAGCUCCGGGGCGCGCCUCGCAAAUCCCCACUGCCAACGCCGGAAGACAGUGGGCGUCAGGAACAGGAGAGGGUGAGCGGGAGAGGGGACCCUGCAGCGGCACCUGUCAGUCCGUGCUGGAGAGCACGCACCGCACACGCGACCGCGGUACUCACGUCUCGGUCACUCCUGUCUACCUGCUCAACAGGCUGGGCGGGACGCGACGGGCCUCGCAAACCGUAUUCCCCGCGCUGCUCCCAGACACUCAGUCGGUUCUGGCCGUGGUCCCUCCCUGUCUCCGCAUCUCUCUCUCUGAUCACCCCAAAAAAUCCCUUAUAAUCCCUUUCCCCACUGCAUUCAGGUUCUUUUCAGAAUCUCUCCCCUUCUCUGCACCGAAAGACUGAAAAAGAAAGUAGCGACUAAAACGCAACAUGGUGAGGUCACUCGGGGUCCUGGUCCUGCCGAGCACAGCGAAUCUGUCGGAAAGCUUCGAAGAAACCAGUCUGGAAAAUCAGCUCAGUGUUGAGUCCCACCCACUACGCCCAGACCAGGGCCGGGGACCUGAGUCCUGGCCUCUCCAGCCUUCACAUCGCCAUCCCAGCAGUUACUGUACGGAGACCGAGACGAAGGGACAGGGACAAAGGAUGGGAGACAAGCCAACAAACAAAAUAAAAACAAACCAAACAAAUAAAAGGAGGGAACUUAAGGAAAAUCUGCCCCCCCCCAUUUUUUUUUUCCCGCUUGCACUGGCCCAGAAAUUCUGUCGUUUUCAGGAGUUAAAACUUACAACAUUUCUUGUGAGAAAUUAAUAUCCGCACAGAUGGUUUUCCUGUCCUGGUUUAAAAACAGGUUUAAAAACAAUCUACGCCUUUGCAAAUGCAACCGAAUGGUUCCAUAACAU